AUGUUAAGCUUAUACGAAGCCGCGCAUUGGGAGACACAGAUAGAGAAGAUCUUGGAUGAAGCAUUGAGAUUCACACCUGGCCAGUUGGAGUUGUUAGCUGAAGGAGGGAAUCUCCCACCUCAUAUCUCGAGGCUUAUAAAAAAUUCUCUUUACCUUCCUCAGCGUCAUAAUAACGAAAUGAUAUUCGCAAAGGGAUACAUUUCAUUUUACGAGCAAGAAGAAGAUCAUGACAAGAUGUUAUUGCGGUUUUCGAAGCUAAACUUCAGAUUCUUACAGCUGCAUUGGCUUCAAGAGCUGAAAUCUCUUACCAACUACAAUGAGCCACAGUAUUCACGUGAGAGACUUAUAGUGGCUAAGUUUUUCAUGCUCUACACCCUUGUUGAUGACACAUGCGAUAGAUUUGCUUCUUUUCCUGAAGCCAAAAUUCUUGCUGAGUGCAUGGAGAGAUUGGUUCCAGAUUCGGUUGACAGUCUACCAGAUUAUAUGAAACCAAUCUUCAGAUUUACACUCAAUGUUUUCGAAGAGUCUAAAAGCAUGAGUAGUUCUGAAGAAGAAGAAUCCUACAUUGUCCAAGGUGCACUAGAAGAGGAGUUUAAGAUUCUCAUGAGAUCUUAUGUUAAAUAUGACGAAUUGGAAUGGAAAAACAUGGUGCCUACAUUUGACGAGUCCAUGGAGGUUAAAGACACUCAAGUCGCCAUUUUCCCAACUUUACUAUUAAGUUUUCUUGGUCUGGGACAUACAGAUAUGGAACUGGCUUAUAACUGGUUAAAAUCCAGGCCAAAACUCGUUGCAGCUAUGGCUAGACAUGCCCGUCUGUUGAAUGACAUGGUCGGCUAUGAGGAUGACAUGAGUAGAGGGGUUGAUAUGAAUGUCGUCAACUACUAUAUGAAGCAACACAAUGUUAGCAAAGAGGAAACAUAUAGGGAGUUUAAUAAAAUGGUUAGAGAUACUAAUAAGGUGGUAAAUGAAGAGUUUUUGAAGUUGGCGAAAACAAUGCCAAUUCAUAUCCUCCACCGAGCCAUUAAUUGCGGAAUUAUGACGACUAUCACCUAUAGUGAUGGUGAUGGAUACGCCAAUCCCAUUGGAAAAUUCAAAGAACAUAUCACCUCUUUGUUCGUAGAUUUGAUGCCCCUUUGA